CCAGUCGUCCAAUAGACUGAUUCGAAGCGUCUAAAAGCAGUUAGGCCAUGAUAAACACAGUAUACGCGUGUAAGUAGUGAGUGGCUGGCACGGUUGUACGGCUACCUAUGUAACGCCUCACGUCUCCGCCGCAUAUAACAGGACAUGCUGCUCACCUUAACCCUCCUCUGCUCUAGCUAGACCAUAGGUAUACACCGGGGCAGAAGACACCAUGGAGCGCGAGAAAAGUGAAUUGCCGCCUUAUAGUGCUGUCGCCCCAGCCGGAUGGCCAAGGCGUCAUCGCGCAAUGCGGCGAUCGAGAGGCUUGAGGGUUGUCGCCCUUGCCUUUCUCGCUUUCAUCGUCUACGCGCAAUGGAGGCAAAUCCAGCCAGCUACAAAAUCAAAUACUUCUCAACUAUCUAUUCAAAGGCUGCAGGAUGACUUAGAAGUAUGCGCGAAGCUCAAGUCUAAGCCGAAAGACCCGAUUGGUGCUGGCCGUCAUCGCAAUGCUCGGUACAUCAACGGACACAAGGCCACGUUGAUCAAAAAUGCUACUAUUUGGGUUGGAGAGCCUGUAAAAGGCACAAGCGAUGAGCAAUCCCGAGCCGGCAUCGGCUAUUCUUGGGUCCAUGGCUCGGAUGUGUUCAUCGAGCACGGUCUAAUCAAGAAAGUCGAACAACACAUCGACCUUAGCACGUUGUCAUCGGACACUCUUGUCUGGGACGCCAAGGGUAGGCGCUUAACCAGUGGUAUCAUCGAUAUGCAUAGUCACUCGGGCGUAGAUAGUCUCCCGGAGCUUUCUGGAAACGACGACACGAACGAACUGAGCGAUAAUAUUACGCCCUAUGUGCGCUCCAUCGACGGUUUGAGUCCUAAUGACCACCAGCUCGAGGUUAUCAAGUCUGGCGGCGUCACAACUAGUCUGGUGCUGCCUGGAUCGGGCAAUAACAUUGGCGGAGAAGCUUUUGUUAUCAAGCAUGCCAUUGGUAAGCCGGAUGGACGAAAUGAGACCUCCGCCGCAGACAUGCUGGCAGACCCUGACCGCAACUGGCGAUACAUUAAGAUGGCCUGUGGUGAGAAUGCCAAGAGGGUAUAUGGGAGAGCUGGCGAAGCUGGUCCCUUUAGCCGCUUAGGAGAGUCAUGGGAAUUCCGCCAUGCAUUUGAGCAAGCCGCCAAAUAUGUUAGGUCCCAAGACGACUGGUGCGCGUACGCUGAGGCCGUGGGCAUCGAGAAUGUGGACAGCUACUUACCUCAAGAGAUCGAGUGGGAAACCCUGGGUGCCGUAUUGCGUGGGCAGGUCCACGUUAACACCCACUGCUAUACUAUCCCCGAUCUUGAAGCCUUCGUGGAUCACACGAACGAGUUCAAGUUUGCUGUCAGAGCUUUCCACCAUGCGCACCAGACAUAUCUCGUGCCUGAGAUUCUCAAGCGUGCCUGGGGUGAUUCGCCGCCUGCAUCUGCCCUCUUCGCUGAUAACAUGUGGUAUAAGGCCGAGGCAUACAUUGGCUCUGAGUAUGCUGGGAAGAUCCUGUACGAAAAUGGAUUAACGCCCAUCUAUGUAAGCGACAAUCCGGUGCUCAACGCCCAACAUGUCUUAUUCGAAGCCGCCAAGGCUUUCGGAUACGGGUUGCCAUACCACGCUGCUCUGGCUUCCGUGACAACAGCCCCAGCGGAAAGAUUGGGGCUUGGAAAGCGCCUGGGUAAGGUCAAGCCUGGGUUUGAUGCCGACAUUGUCGUCUGGGAUAGCGAUCCUCUCAGUGCGGGUGCGACACCUGUCCAAGUCUGGAUUGACGGAACUGCACAAUAUGAGAAUCCAAUUGAACUCGUCAAGCCAUUCGAGACAAAAUUCGAUAUCCCCAAAGAUAUCCAAAUCACAAAAGAUGAGCCACAAUCAACCUCCAACUUGAUCAUCACUGGUAUUACGAAAUCAUUCAUACCCCAAUUAUCUGCAGGCAAAAAAGAUCGAACACAGAGCCUCACAGCUAUUGUCUCCGAUGGGAAGGUUACCUGCCUCGGACCAUGCACCAGUGAACUCCAGACUGCCCAAAACCGCGGUGCCGCGACAAUCAGUCUUGAGAA